AUGGAGAUAAACUAUGAUUGUUCUUAUUCAAUAUUCACCCGACAUAUUCCAUCAUAUAUUGUUUCACCUGAACCAAAUGAAUGGGGUACUUGUCUCUGUAUGAAAUGUUUAAAUCCACAGAUUAAAUCCGAUAGAAUCAAUCAACUGAAAAAUAAGUAUCCUGCCUUUAAUUGUUUAUCAUCUUUAAUGACAAAUGAUUUAACAUCAAUUAUUGAUGAUAAGAAAAAAGUAGAAGAAAUCUUGAAAGAAUUGGAUUUUUUAAAAGCAGAACCAUUUACAAUAAAUGAUGUCGAAUGGAUUAAAAAAAGUGAAGAACUAUCUGAUCUGCAACAAUAUAUGGAAUUAGUUCGUCUUCAAUUUAAAAGUGCUAAAUUAAUUCGACAAUUAGCAUUGACAAGUGAUAGUGUAGCAACUAUACAAUUGGAUUGGUCAGAAAAUUAUCAUUUAAAACAAACCAGGCAGGAACGUUCUGCAUACUACUAUGAACAACAAAUUUCAAUAGCAGCAGGCUAUGUUUGGCAGCAGAAUAACUGCUUUAGUUUUGGAUGCUUAUCUGAUGAAACAAAUCAUCAAUCAGAAAGUACAUGGGCAGCAAUUCAUGAUUUAUUAGAUGAGUUAUUAAAUGAAAAAUCUACUAAACCAAUCACCGAAUUAAAUAUUAUUUCUGAUUCGCCAUCAAGUCAAUCUAUCUAUAUAGGGCAAGGGGGAAAAAGCGGAUCCCGGGAUCCAGUGGGAUCCAGCGGGAUCCAGUGGGAUCCAGUGGGAUCCAGCGGGAUCCAGCGGGUUCCAGUGGGAUCCAGCGGGAUCCAGCGGGUUCCAGUGGGAUCCAGUGGGAUCCAGCGGGAUCCAGCGGGUUCCAGUGGGAUCCAGUGGAAUUCAGCGGGAUCCAGCGGGAUCCACUUGAAUCCAUUUGGAUUCAAUGUGAUCCAUUAGCUUCUAUCAGCAGCAGGCAUGCAGUGAGACGAAGGCUGUCUGCCUGAGCUGUUUCCAU